AUGUUCCUUGCUAACCCGAUAGAUCCACAUGAAACACCGAUCGAUCCUUCAGAGGAACUCAGGUUAUUAAAAGCUCAGGUACAAGAUGUAGCAAGAGUCUGUAAGGCUGUUGCAAAUGGUGAUUUAUCUCAAAAAAUUGUCGUUCCGGUACAAGGUCAUGUUAUGGUCGAAUUAAAGGAUAUUAUCAAUUCUAUGGUUGACAGAUUGCGCACGUUUGCUACAGAGGUAACUCGUGUUUCUCUCGAAGUCGGUUCUCAAGGUAAACUCGGUGGUCAAGCUGUCGUUGAAGGCGUUGAUGGUACAUGGCGAGAGCUCACUGAUACGGUAAAUAGUUUAGCUGCCAAUCUCACGAAUCAGGUCAGAUCCAUUGCAGAAGUUACGAAAGCUGUUGCUAAAGGUGAUCUCACGAAAACUAUUGAAGUUGAAGCUAAUGGUGAAAUAUUGGAAUUGAAAAUGACAAUUAAUGGUAUGGUUGUACAACUUAAUCAUCUAGCGGCAGAAGUCACUCGUGUAUCUCUAGAAGUCGGUUCGCAAGGUAAACUUGGUGGUCAAGCUGAAGAUAAAGACCUAGAAGGUGUUUGGAAAGAUCUAACGAUUAACGUUAAUCGAAUGUGUACAAAUUUGACAAACCAAGUGAGAUCUAUAGGUAGUGUUACAACGGCUGUCGCUAGAGGUGAUCUAAGUCAAACUAUCAACAUUCUAGCUGAAGGUGAAAUGGCUUUACUUAAAGAUACGGUAAAUGGUAUGGUUGGUCAAUUACGAAUAUUCGCUCGAGAGAUUUCUAGAGUAUCUCUUGAAGUAGGUACUCAAGGUAAACUUGGUGGUCAAGCCGUUGUCGAAGGUGUUGAAGGUACAUGGGCUGAGCUUACUCAUAAUGUUAACAAGAUGGCUGCAAACCUUACCUCUCAAGUCAGAGAAAUUGCUCAAGUCACUAAAUCCGUCGCUAAAGGUGAUCUUACCAAGACUGUUGAUGUUGAUGUACAAGGUGAAAUUCUUGAACUUAAGCUUACAGUAAAUAACAUGGUUGCUCAAUUACGUACAUUUGCUGCAGAAGUAGAACGUGUCGCUCGUGAGGUCGGUACGGAUGGUAAUCUUGGUGGUCAAGCUGUUGUACCAAACGUUGAGGGUACAUGGCGACAACUUACAGAAUCUGUCAAUCACAUGGCUUUGAACUUGACUACUCAAGUCAGAUCUAUCGCAGAAGUUACAACCGCCGUCGCCAGAGGUGAUUUGUCAAAGAAGAUUGAUGUCGAUGUCAAAGGUGAAAUCUUGAAGCUUAAGCAAACUGUCAAUGGUAUGGUUGGUUCAUUGCGAACAUUCUCAGAUGAAGUCACAAGAGUUGCAAGAGAAGUAGGUACUGAUGGUAAACUCGGUGGUCAAGCUAGAGUUGAGGGUGUUGAUGGUACAUGGAAAUCGCUUACAGAUAGUGUCAACACCAUGGCAGCUAAUUUGACAUUACAAGUCAGAUCAAUCGCUGAAGCAACGAAUGCUGUAGCUAGAGGUGAUUUGGCUAAGAAGGUCUCUAUUCAAUCUUCAGGUGAAAUUCAUGAAUUGGUACAAACUAUCAACAGUAUGAUUGAUCGAUUGGCUGUCUUCGCUACUGAAGUUACCAGAGUUGCUAGAGAGGUCGGUACUGAAGGUAAACUCGGUGUACAAGCUCAAGUUGACAAUGUUGAUGGUACAUGGCAAGAAAUUACUCAAUCCGUAAAUACCAUGGCUUCUAACCUUACAUCACAAGUCAGAGGUUUUGCACAAAUUUCUGCAGCUGCUGUCGGUGGUGACGUUACAAGAUUUAUUACAGUUGAAGCAUCAGGUGAAAUGGAUAGUUUAAAAACUAAGAUUAAUCAAAUGGUUUAUAACUUGCGAGAAUCUAUUCAAAGGAAUACUGCAGCAAGGGAAGCUGCAGAAUUGGCUAACAGAUCUAAGUCUGAGUUCUUGGCAAACACAUCGCACGAAAUUAGGACACCAAUGAAUGGUAUUAUCGGUUUAACUGGUUUGACAUUAGAAACUGAAUUAACUAGAACUCAAAGAGAGAACUUAAUGAUAGUUGCAAACUUAGCUUCAUCUUUGCUGGCAAUUAUUGAUGAUAUUCUUGAUAUUUCAAAGAUUGAAGCCGGUAGGAUGUCAGUCGAAACUGUACCAUAUUCAUUAAGAUCAGUCAUUUUCACUGUCUUGAAGACAUUAGCAACUAAAGCAGCACAAAAUAAAUUGGAUUUAAUUUAUGACAUCGAACCACAUAUUCCAGAUCAAGUAAUUGGUGAUCCACUUAGAGUUAAACAAAUUAUAACAAACUUAAUCGGUAACGCUGUCAAGUUUACUCAACAGGGUUACAUUGCGUUAUCUGUUGAAAUGGUUGACGUACCACCAAAUGCCAACGAAGGUGCUAUUAUGUUGCAAUUCUGUGUAGCUGACACAGGUAUCGGUAUUGAAUCCGAUAAAUUGGAAGUUAUUUUCGAAACUUUCGCACAAGCUGAUGGAUCUACUACUAGAAAAUACGGUGGUACCGGUCUUGGAUUAUCCAUUUCUAAACGACUCGUCAAUCUGAUGGGUGGUGAAAUGUGGGUAGAAAGUAAAUAUGAUCAAGGAUCACAGUUCUACUUCACUGUUUUAUUACAAGUAGAACACUUACCUUUAUCAUCAAUCAAGGGUAAAUUGGCGCCUGUACAAAAUCGCUGCUUGCUGUUUGUUGAUUGCAAUAAAGAUCAGACUGGUGUUGAAGAUGUAUUCAAGGAAGUUGGGGUACACUUGAUUAAGGUACAAUCCGUUGAAGAAGCUUCAAUUAGACAUCCACAUGCCCCAAUUAUAGAUACAGUAGUCGUUGAUUCAUUCCAAGUUGCAGAAAGAUUACGUGAAGUUGAUCAUUUGAGGUACAUUCCAAUUAUACUAUGUGCACCAUUCAUACCAAGAUUAAACUUAAAGUGGUGUUUAGAUAUGGGUAUAACGUCAUAUGUUGCAACGCCAACGAAUGUUCAAGAUUUGGGUAACGCAUUAUUAGCAGCAUUGGAGACAUUAGCAUUCCAAUCUGCUGAUACUGAUCCAAAGGAGCAUUACGACAUUCUUCUAGCAGAAGAUAAUGUUGUUAACCAAAAAUUAGCAACCAAAUAUCUCGAACAAUCUGGACAUAAAUGUGAAAUCGUUGGUAAUGGUGCUUUAGCAGUUGAAGCAUUAAAGAGUAGAGCAUCGUCAGAUAGAGCUUAUGAUUUAAUUCUAAUGGAUGUUAGUAUGCCUGUUAUGGGUGGUAUAGAAGCAACGACAGUUAUAAGACAAUUGGAGCAAGAGUAUGGAUAUGAACGCACACCAAUUAUUGCUUUAACAGCACACGCUAUGAUGGGUGAUAGAGAGAGAUGUAUUAACGCAGGAAUGGACGAAUAUGUUACGAAACCAUUGAAGAAAUCUGAUCUUCUAUUAACAAUUGCUAAAGUUGUUAGGGAGAGAACUUCAACUCAAGCUUUGAUUAUGAGUAGACCAGGUACAAAUUUCAAUCAACCUAAACAAUCGCAACAGAAGCAAAUCACGAUGGGAUAG